AUGGAGACAAGGUCAAAAAAGAAAAAUAAAAAAAAGUUUCGUGAAAAUGGAAGGUUGCAAACGAAGUUUUGCACAAAUAAAAACUGUCCUCGUCUUCGGCAUAAUUUUAUUUCGACCUAUUUUAAACAAGAUUGUAAAGAUACAUAUAUUGAUGAUGAAAGAGAGAAAUGGCACCGUGUUUUUGCAGAAUGGAAUUGUUAUAAUAAAAAAUGCAAAAAUAAAUGGAAAUCCGGUUACGCCUGGAUUUUACUCGAAAAGUAUGAGAACAACAUACCUGCUAUAGAUUUAACAACAGAGGAUUAUUUAAAACAAGAAUGUAAAAGAUGUCAUAAUAAAGUUAAUAAUUUGGCAGACUGGCAUCAUCUUUUGAAAGAUCAAAAGGAGGCGGGUGGCGAGCAUCGCUCAGAUCUUUGCGAGAAGUGCCGAGCAG